GCACCGUAUAUGUUGUACCUUAGUCUCGGGAGAUGCACACCAACGGGCAUAACUGGAAAGAGAUCAACAGCCAAUCUCCUCCCCCGCCAAGCAUAUCCUUCCACAGUAACAAGUCCAACUGUCUCUCUUUCUCUUCUUCUCCUUCUUUUUUCUCCGACGAUUACUGCGUACAAGCGGGCGAAUGCCGAGUGCCACAUGGCUGGUUCGUGCCAAGCCUUUUUAUUCUUUUUUUUGUUUUUGUUCUUGUUAUUUCUUCUCCGCCCUUUACUCCAUUCUUCCCCUUCCCUCGUUUGGUUAAUUUAACCUACACUACGACGGACGAUCUGAUAGAAAGACACCAGUCGGCUCAAGGACCAGCCAGUCACCGCAAGUUUUGGUCUUGCAUGAUCAAGCCAUCUAUUUAUCUAUUGCAGUCGCAGAAGUGUCGGAGGGCAGUGGAGAGGGAGAUGGUGACUCUGUAUAGUUUACGACCCAGGUUGCACAUGUGUAAUACCCACCACCUACGAGGCGGUAGGUAGUGUACGGACCGGGAGCCGGGCGGGGGAGCCGUCCCUCUUCACGCAUACAGACAGACUAGAUUCGUUAUAUCGAGA